ACAGCAGAGGCUACUCAACUGUGAAACUUGUCUGCACUUGCAGAGUUGAGCUGACUCAGUUCACACUCUGUAUUUGGACACAAGGGAAGUCUCUGAAAUUCAACAAAGAUGUCCAAAGUCAAAGCUCCAGUAACAGACGAAGUGACUCGAACUAUUGCAGAACAUGUGUUUGCCUCUCAAGUCAAAGAUGAAACAGAGAGAGAAGAGAUUUCUCCAUUUGAUGUGGCAGAUGUCUGUCCCAUCUCACAUCAAGAAAUGCAACAUCAUUUGAUCCUGAAAGAAGAGAAGGAAUCUCAAGAAAAACGCAAGAAGCGUCUGCAGCGAUUUCGAUCAGUUGCAUUAUGUGUUUCUACCACAUCGAAGCUCAUCUCACAGCUACCUUCUGUUCAUGAAAGUGACAUUUCUACUCCAUUGUACCUAACUGUACCCGACUUUCAGAGAGUUGCAAUCUCUGGUGACUACGCAUCAGGGGUAACAGUGGAAGACUUUGAGCAAACUUGUAAAGGUCUUUUUCGUGCCUUGAAAAUUCGUGAGAAGUAUAUGAACUUAUCAUGCCAACGGUAUGCUCGCACUGCUGCAAAGUAUCUGGCCACUAUAGAAGGAGAAACAUGGAAAGAGGAGAAUGAAGUCUACCCAGAUCUUACCCCUCUUCCAAAGAAAGAUGAAGAUCCCUUCAGAACAGACAACCUUCCUGAGGACCUUGAAUAUCAUGCUCAGUUGAAAGAUGGAGUCGUCUACAUUUAUGCCAAUAAAGAAGAUGCCAAGAAAGGAAAACCUAAAGACCUUCCUUAUCCUGAUCUGGAAGUAUUUAUUGACGACAUGAAUUUCUUAAUAGCUCUGAUCGCCUCAGGCCCCGUAAAGACAUAUUGUCAUCGUCGUCUGAGGUUCUUAUCUUCAAAAUUCAAUGUUCAUGAGAUGCUAAAUGAAAUGGAAGAACUUAAAGAACUGAAACAUAAUCCCCACAGAGACUUUUACAAUUGCAGAAAGGUUGAUACUCAUAUCCAUGCUGCUGCCUGCAUGAACCAGAAACAUCUACUGCGAUUUAUUAAAAAAUCAUACAGAACCGAUGCUGACAGAGUUGUGUUCUCGCAGAAAGGGAAGCAGCUUACUCUGAAGGAUUUGUUUGCCGGAUUAAACCUACAUCCUUAUGAUCUGACAGUUGACUCUUUGGAUGUCCAUGCUGGAAGGCAGACCUUUCAGCGGUUUGACAAAUUUAAUGCCAAAUACAACCCUGUGGGUGCCAGCGAGCUUAGGGACCUUUACUUAAAAACAGACAACUAUAUCGAUGGUAAAUACUUUGCUCAUAUUAUUAAGGAAGUUGCUUCAGAUUUAGAAGAUGCAAAAUAUCAGCAUGCCGAACCCCGUUUAUCGAUUUAUGGCCGCUCAAAAGAAGAAUGGACAAAACUCUCAUCAUGGUUUAACAAGCACAAAGUCUUUUCUCCUAACAUGAAAUGGAUGAUUCAGAUACCUAGAAUCUAUGACAUUUUUAGGUCAAAAAAUUUCAUUCCUCACUUUGGGCAGAUGCUGGAGAAUAUAUUCCUACCUGUGUUUGAAGCUACAAUCAAACCCCAGUCCAAUAAGGAGCUCAGUAUCUUCCUCAGACAUGUUACUGGUUUUGACAGCGUAGAUGAUGAGUCCAAGCACAGUGGUCAUAUGUUCAGCACCAAGAGUCCAAGACCUCAGGAAUGGACCAUAGAAAAGAACCCCUCCUACAGCUACUAUAUUUAUUAUAUGUAUGCCAAUAUUAUGGUCCUCAAUAAUUUAAGGAAACAACGAGGUUUGAACACGUUCUUGUUCCGUCCCCACUGUGGCGAGGCUGGAGCUGUCACUCACUUACUGGCAGCAUUCAUGACUGCUGACAACAUUUCUCAUGGCCUGAACUUAAAGAAGAGUCCUGUUCUGCAGUACCUGUACUACUUAACACAGAUCCCAAUAGCUAUGUCACCUCUGAGUAAUAACAGCCUUUUCCUGGAGUAUGCUAAGAACCCUUUGUUGGAUUUCCAUAGUAAAGGCCUGGUAGUCUCUCUGUCCACUGAUGACCCUAUGCAGUUCCACUAUACCAAGGAACCCCUCAUGGAAGAAUAUGCCAUUGCCGCCCAGGUGUUUAAGCUCAGUACAUGUGACAUGUGUGAGAUUGCAAAGAACAGUGUUCUGCAGUCUGGUUUAUCCCAUGAGGAAAAACUGUGUUUCCUAGGGGAGUACUAUCGCAAAGAUGGCCCAGAGGGAAAUGACAUCCGGAAAACAAAUGUAGCACAGAUCCGAGUAGCCUACCGUUAUGAGACUCUGUGCUAUGAACUCAAUUUGAUUUCUGAGGGUUUGAAAUCAUCUGAUUAAAAAGGCCAAGUACAUAUCUUGGUGGUUUGGCCUGCCUCUUUAGUUAAGUCAGAAUCUGUAUGAAACAAGAUGGACUGACAAUAAAACACUGAAGCUGUUCAUUUCUGUUGUGAUUCUAA